CCUGUUAAUUUAUAUAUUUCCCAGUUGCAGAUUAGUCUGUUUGUUGGUGAUUAUGGGACCUGCUAUACCCAAGAUUGUGCGUUUCUUUGGUCUCUUCAUUCUCUGUUCCAUGUUUGAAGGAUCCCUUUCAGUCAGAUUUAAGGUUUCUUCAACAACAUCGAUUGUUGCUGCACUUGGAUCAGAUGUGCUGUUACCUUGUCACCUUAUUCCUGAGAUGAACGCGGAGAAGAUGGAAAUCCGUUGGUUUAAGCCUAUGUACCAGCCCUAUGUUCAUCUUUAUAUUAAUGGGAAAGAUGAUUACACAGCCCAGAUGCCACAGUUUGCUAACAGAACAGAACUGCUAAAAGACAACAUCACUAGGGGAAUUUUCCCUUUAAAGAUCCAUAAAGUCACAGCUCAGGAUUCUGGGGAAUAUUAUUGUUAUGUUGAGUCCAGUGAUGCCCAUGGGAGAACAACAGUACAACUACAGGUUACUGCUGUGGGAAGUCUCCCUGUAAUUACCUCCAACACAUAUACAAGUAAUGACACUGCCUUUUGUGUGUCCUGUGGCUGGCUUCCAGAACCUUCCCUCAUAUGGACUGAUACCCAGGGGAACCAAGUCAUCCCAUCUAUGGAAAAUGUGUACAGAAAUGAGACGAGUUUGUAUUGUAUCUUUAGUAUUAUCAGUCUACCGGAUUCAUCUAAUAUCACUUGCACUGUCUCCAAUUCCAUAAAUCAGAGGAAACAAAGCUCCAGGCAGAUCAGAGAAUCAGGACAUCCUGUAACCUUCAGGGAUCAGUACAGUCGCUACAUUAUAUUCUGGUCUUAUCUGACUUAUUUGCUUCUUUGUAUCGGGUAUAUAUACUAUCAAAGCAUGGAACUCAGAGAAAAGAAGAAAGAAAUACGAAGACUCCGGGCAGCCUGUGCGUCCCAUGAGGGAUUGUUUUAUUGAAGUUCGACAUAAGGCAAACAGAACUUGCUCCUGAAAUAGCAAGGCGGGACUCAGUGGGAAGUGCAACGGCUUUAUACAAACUAUCCCUCUUUUAUUCUCAUCUUAUGGAAACUGCAACUGUCUCUCUUAAAAGCACUUUAUUUUUUGUUUUGAUGCCUGAAUGUUCUAUUAUUGUAUAGUUUUACAGCUGCCAAAUAUGUUAUAUGAAUGUAUCGAUGGAGUCACCUUGCUGGGCUGGGCCUGUAUAGAGCUCCUGGUAAUAGACUAAGCAGGUAAAGCAUAUAUAUAUAUAUAUAUAUAUAUAUAUAUAUAUAGGGAGUUACCCCCACACUAGCUAUGAUCAGUAUUAUAGAGGUGCUGCUCCUGGACAUAUGGCCAUGUCCUAAUGCAGAGGCAGCUUGGCACUCACUUAAUUGGGUUGUUCAACUCUGAGUUGAAUUUCAGCAGGUAUCUGGUUCAAAUAGGGUUCAAAUUACCUUAGCAACCAGUGAGUGGUUUGAAUGAA